CUUCCCUCCCAAUGCGGGGUGGGUGCCUCCUUGCUCUUGGCGCGCCUCCUCCGCUGCCCUUUCCACGCGUGACGCCGCUGGCUGGCUUUCUCUCUCUCUGUGCCGCGCGUGCCCUGGCCCUGUUCCUUCGCGCGCCCACUCGCCACCCAAGGGGGACACGCGGGGAAGGAGGACGUGGACGAGGAAGAGGAGAGGAAGCAUUGCCACUGGUGUUGGUGCUGGUGCUGUGGCGCAGCCAGGCAGGGAGGGCUGCUCUGGCGAGACAGACCCCGGCGCCAAAGCCCACCCUCUGGGCCUCCUCCUCCUCCUCCUCCUCCUCCUCUUAAAGGUGCAGAGCCAGCCCCUCCCGCCCCCGACGCGGCCAUGACUUCAGCCCUGGCCCAGGAGCCUUCUCCUCCUUCUCUUCCUCUUCUUCUUCCUCUUCCUUUUUCCCGAAGCAAGGUCUGGACUUCAUCCACCAUGGAUCUCAAAUUUCUAACGUGAGAUGCUGAAGUGCCGGUGCAGAGGAGCAUCUCUUCCUGUGAGAAUGAACCUGACAGAGUGGUCGGAGGCGAGAUGGAGAGAUCACCCCAAUUCCUCCUCACAACUGCCUCCGCACCCUUGGAGAGGCAACAACACCUUUUCUUUCCAAGGGGAUCUCCAGGAGAUCAUCCACACGGCCACUCUGGUGACAUGUACGCUCCUGUUGGCGGUCAUCUUCUGCCUGGGUUCCUACGGCAACCUCAUUGUCUUCUUGUCCUUCUUUGACCCAGCCUUCCGUAAGUUCAGGACCAACUUUGACUUCAUGAUCCUCAACCUGUCCUUCUGUGACCUCUUCAUCUGUGGAGUGACCGCCCCCAUGUUCACCUUCGCUCUCUUCCUGGACUCUGCAGCUGGGAUCCCUGAUGCGUUCUGCUUCACCUUCCACCUCACCAGCUCUGGCUUCAUCAUCAUGUCUCUCAAGACGGUGGCUGUUAUAGCCUUGCACCGGCUACGCAUGGUGUUAGGGAAGCAGCCCAACCGGACCACCUCUUUCCCUUGCACUCUCCUGCUCACGCUCCUCCUGUGGGCCACAAGCUUCACUCUUGCCACCCUGGCCACCAUGAGGACCCAUAAAUCCCGACUCUGCCUUCCCAUCUCCAGCCUGGUCAACGGUGAAGGCAACAUCAUCCCUUACUUGUAUGUCAUUGACUUCAUUUGCUGUGUGGCAGUGGUUUCGGUCUCAUACAUCAUGAUCGCCCAGGCCUUGAGAAGGAAUGCCCAAGUACGGAAGUGCCCACCUGUCAUCACAGUGGAUGCCUCCAGGCCUCAGCCUUUCAAUGGGCCACUUGCUGCUGGAUGUGCGGAUGGCGUACAGUGUGCUGUGCCAGCACUGUACAGAAAUCAAAACUAUAACAAACUGCAGCACAUCCAGACCCAUGCCUACACAAAGAACCCAGGCCCACUGUCUGCCCCGGCAGCCAGGCGGUUCCAGCUGGUCUCCACAGUUAAUUUGUCCACAGUCAAGGACUCUAAAGCUGUAGUGACGUGUGUUGUCAUUGUCCUUUCUGUUUUGGUCUGCUGCCUCCCUUUGGGCAUCUCUUUAGUGCAAGAUGUUCUGUCCAGGAACAGUGGCUUUAUCCUCUACCAAUUUGAAUUGUGUGGAUUUACACUCAUCUUUUUCAAAUCUGGAUUAAACCCUUUUAUAUACUCCCGUAACAGUGCUGGGUUGAGGAGGAGGGUCCUUUGGUGCCUCCAGUACUUCACUCUUGUCUUCUUCUGUUGCAAGCAGAAAACCAGGCUCCGGGCCAUGGGUAAAGGGAGCCUGGAGGCCAACAGAAACAAGUCAUCCCAUCACGAGACCAACUCAGCGUACAUGCUGUCUCCAAAGCCCCAGAAGAAGUUUGUGGACCAAGCGUGUGGCCCUAGUCACUCUAAAGAGAGCGUGCUGAGUCCUAAAGGGUCUGGUGGCCACCAGCAUUAUGGAGGCCAGAGUAGCUCCACCCCCAUGAACACUCGCAUUGAACCUUAUUAUAGCAUUUAUAACAGCUGCCCAUCCCAAGAAGUGAGCACACCCAACAGCUUGCAGCCAACAAACUCUCCGUUCGGGUUCGCCAAGUCUUACAUUGCCAUGCACUAUCGCACAACUAAUGACCUUGUGCGGCAUUAUGACAGUACUUCUGCUAAGCAGAUACCGGUUCCCUCUGUGUAGGUGAGGUGGAACCAAGGAUGGUUUCAUAUUCUACCACAGUGGUGGUCACCUUUUCUGUGUAUUGGCGGGAGGAGCUUGCCAUGAAUUGGCCAAAGUUUGAGAUCUGCCAAUGCAUGAGCCUCUCUCGGCUUUGAGUUAAUUUUGCCCAAACAGGCAAGUAGUUAGCUCACAAGAAGUAGAUAGGAUUCCACGUCUAACUCUGUGCCACAGCUAGGCUUCCAAGCUUUCCCGUUCCCAUCUGGGCAAUGUGUAAUUUGUGCUGUAGAACCUAUGUCCUGUGAUGUCACUCAAUGUCUGUUUCUUCUUUUUUUAAAAAAAUGUCUAGUUUCUUGUUGCCAGUAAGUGUUAUACAGUGGGCUCUUGGUAUCUGCUGUGGUUUGGUUUCGGGGCCCUCUGUAAGUACCAAAAUCCAUGGAUGCUCAAGUCCCUUUAUGUACAAUGACAUAGUAAAAUGGUGUCCCUUUAUAAAAUGUCAAAUUAUGAUUUGCUUUUUGGAUUUUUUUUGGAAGGGAAUAUUUUCAAACCAUGGAUGUUGGAAUCCUUGGGUGCACAACCCAUGGAAACAAAGGGCUGAUAGUACUCUAACAGUUCCCCCCCCCCCUCGUUUAACACCAGCAUAUCGGGUUACAGCUGCCUUUUAAAAAUUGUUGUUAAAAGAAGUGCCAACGACAAAUCAAUAGCUAAUGGUUCGCUCAUUUACAACUGGUAUUAGUUUUCUCUUUAUAAAAUGUUUUCUCAAAAGCGCACACAUUUAGCAUGAGCAAAUCAGGCAGCUUUUAAAAAGGUUUCUCCUCUGUAUUGUGUUUUGUUGGUGUUAUGGAGAGCAUUUUUAAAGGAAAGUCAACAGAUUUUUAACUGUAUUGGCCUUGAAGUAUGUGCAGUGACAAAAUAACAGCACCAUCCACCACACACAUAUGUAUAUGGGAGUUUUGGCUUGAGGUGGAGUCAAUAUGGCCCAUGUGCCAAUUUGAGACCCCUCAAAACUGCCAGUACAGAAUGGGAAAUAUUUUUUGGCAUUUUUACAUCGAAUUACCUGUUUGUUGUCUUCAGGUUAUUUCUGACUCAUGUCAUCCAUAAGAUCACAGAGUUUUCUGGGACUGGGAGUGAGUGGCGAAUCUAAGGUUACCCAAUGGGUUUCCAUGGCCAAGCAGCAAAUUGAACCCUGGUCUCCAAAGUCAUAGUCCAAUGCUCAGUAGACCAUGCUGUCUUCCCCUUGUUGUUCUUGGGUUUUGAUUUAUUUCCUGCCUGGAAAAAAGUUCUCCUGGGCCUAAAACCAUGUAGGGAAGAUCAAAGCCCGCCCUUCUUUGGGGAAGUUAUUUUUGCAAAAAGUUAGAGUCAGUGUGGUAUAGUGUUUUGAUUAAUGGAUUAGCACCAUAGGCAACCAGGGUUCAAAUCGCCUCUUAAGCCAGUGGUUCUCAACCUGUGGGUCCCCAGGUGUUUUGGCCUCCAACUCCCAGAAAUCCCAGCCAGUUUGCCAGCUGUUAGGAUUUCUGGGAGUUGAAGACCAAAACAUCAGGGGACCCACAGGUUGAGAACUACUGGCUGAAACCAUGGAAACUCACAGAGUUUGAGAACCACUGGCUUAAGAAGCGAUUUGAACCCUGGUCGCCUAUGGUGCUAAUCCAUUAAUCAAAACACUAUACCACACUGACUAACAUUUUGCAAAAAUAACUUGUAGUCUUAGAAAAAGACAAUGGCAAAACUCCUUUGGAAAGAUAAUAUGCAAAGAAAAAUCCAUGGUAGUGUGGCUCUAGAGCAGGCAUGGGCAAACUUUGGCCCUCCAGUUGUUUUGGCUGUUAAGAAUUGUGAGAGUUGGAAUCUAAAACAACUGGAGGGCCAAAGUUUGCCCAUGCUUGCUCUAGAACAGCAUUACUUGGAAAUGACCUUAAUGCACACAACAGCGGCAGCAACAACAAGGGUAAACGAUAGGGGACUAUGUGGUUUCUACAGGAAACAAGGCUGCUUCCCCAACUCUAGCAGUUGCCCUCAUUAAUCUAAUGCAGGGGUCCCCAAACUAAGGCCUGGGGGCCGGAUGCGGCCCUCCAAGGUCAUUUACCUAGCACCUGUCCUAAACUUUAGACUUCUGGGUCUUUGGAGGUCUCUUUGCUUACUUAUAUCCUUAUGAGAUCGUCUAGAUGGUCUUUGGAGGUCUCUUUGCUUAGCUACAGCCUUAUGAGGCCAUCUAGAUGGCUUUUGGAGGUCCCUUUCCUUACCUAUGGUCGUAUGAGAAAGUCUAGAUGACCUCUGAGGGUCCCUUUCCUUACCCAUGGUUUUAUGAGAUUGUCCAGAUGGCCUUUGGGGGCCCCUUUCCUUACCUAUGGUCUUAUGAGACCAUCUAGAUGGUCUUUGGAGGUCUCUUGGCUUACCUAUGGUCUUAUGAGGUCGUCUAGAUCAGAGGUCCCCAAACUAAGGCCCAUGGGCCCUCCAAGGUCAUUGACCUGGCUUCUGUCCUAAACUUUAGACUUAGGGUUGACUUAAGUUUAAAAUGACUUGAAGGCACACAACAACAACCAUCCUAAUUUUGGACUAUUUCAUCAUAGUCCCCCCCCCCCCAAACAGUCUGAGGGACUGUGAAUCGGCCCUCCACUUAAAAAGUUUGAGGACCCCUGAUCUAAUGCACUGAGUUCUUAUAUUAGGGAACUAUGGCUUGGACUGAUUCAGAGUGUGGUGGAGUCUCCUUCUCUAGAGUUUUCUAAACAGACACUGGAUGUCCAUCUGCCAGUAGUGUUUUAAUUAUAGAAUCAUAGAAUCAUCGAGUUGGAAAUGACCCCAUGGGCCAUCUAGUCCAACCCCCUGCCGAGAAAUCGCAUUCAAACCACCCCUGACAGAUGGACAUCCAGCUUCUACUUAAAAGCCUCCAAAGAAGGACCCUCCACCACACUCCAGGGCAGAGAUUGUGUGUUCCUGCAUGGAAAGGAGUUGGACUGGAUGGCCCUUGAGGUCUCCUUUAGCUCUAUGUUUUUAUAGCUCUCUUUCAGACAGAAUUAUUAGAAUCAUAACAUCAUAGAAACAUAUAGUUUGAAGAGCAUCCAGUCCAAGUCCCUACCACUGCUGAGGUAAAGCAUGAGCUCAUAAUGGAAGAGCUGUAGAGAGUGCCAAAUAGGGAUCUGCAAAGUGGUCAUCCAUUUCCAGAAGAGUUUAACUACACUGCCCAUGCCAGCUGGGGGAUGAUGAGACUUUUAGUCCAAAAUGCUUGCAUCUCGCUAAGUUGUCUAUCUAUUGAUGCUUAAGAAUACAGCCAACCCUCCACAAUCUUUAGGUCUUCCAAUCUAAGGUCAGCUUCCACUGGACAUUGGCCAUAGAGGCAUGACAAAGGAUCUAGAGCAGUGGUUCUCAGCCUGUGGGUCCCCAGAUGUUUUGGUCUUCAACUGCCAGAAAUCCCAAAAACAGCUGGUAAACUGGCUGGGAUUUCUGGGAGUUGUAGGCCAAAAUGCCUGGUGACCCACAGGUUGGGAACCACUGGACUAGAGAUUCCUAAAGAGGACACUUAGGAUCCUCCAAUCACAGCAGAGAGACUAGAGUGGUUGGUGUUUCCUUUAGAUCAGGCAUGGGCAAACUUUGGCCCUCCAGGUGUUUUGGACUUCAACUCCCACAAUUCCUAACAGCCGGUAGGCUUUUAGGAAUUGUGGGAGUUGAAGUCCAAAACACCUGGAGGGCCCAAAUUUGCCCAUGUCUGCUUCAGAUUAUCCAAGGAUCAACCAAGUUCUUACUUUGUUGCUCAACUCAGAGAAGGCGAUGCCUCCUCUUUUAAUAAGAAUCCAAUACUUGCCUUGACUCAUGGAGGUUGAUUUUUUGGGAUUAAAAGGUCUUGACUUAGACAUUAUAUACUGUGCUUUUUUGCAUCUUUUUAAUGCUUCUUUCUAUCCUUCCUCUUCCUGUGUUGUACCAUAUCAGAGUUAGGAGGUAUGCUGUCUUGCAUGAAAUGCACUACAACCGUAUUUCUAUUCCCUGACUUCACAUGCAUACAUGCAACCACAGACAAUAGCAAACACCAUUGAAACAAAGGGCUUCUGACCGAAGAAUACCAAAGAUACUGGUCUUGCAGAUACGAGGCUCAUGUUGUAUACAAAAAAUAUUGAGGGCAAGGGGGAGGCCUUGAACCUUCCACCUCUUGAAUCUUCUACAGUAUCGCAGCGGGUUAAACUGCUAGCUGCAGGAAAUCUGCUGAAUGAAGGUUGUCAGUUCAAAGACAUGAGUCGGGGCGAGCUUCAGACUGUCAGCCCUAGCUUCUGCCAACUUAGCAUUUUGAAAGCAUGCAAUGCAAGUAGUUCAAUAGGUACCACCUAUUGAAGGUAAAAGGAUACCUUGUGCAGAUAUGCAAAAACAUGCCAACAUAAUUGGAGAUAUAGACAGAUAACAGGCUCCUUGACAUGGAAAAAUGGAACAAGAGCAACUCCCGAUGGCUGGAGUUGAGCAUUGCCUCCAGACACCAGAGAUUUUUAAAAAAGGAAAGACCUUCACCUUUGUCUGUGUAUUGUAUGUCGUUAUGUAAAAAGGCAUUGAAUGUUUGCCUGAUAUGUUUUUCUGUAAUUUGAUCUGAAUCCCUCCCGGGAGAUAAAGCAGAAUAUAAAUAAAGUAUAUUAUUAUUUAUAGCAGAUGAAGACACAGGAACUUUCCACGUCCACUCAUGGAAAUGGUACCUUCCAGGAACUACAUUGGGUGGGAUGUUAUUUCUCUCUUUGAGUUCUUGGUACCACAUGUGGCAACAGAGGUUUCAUUUUUAAGUAGUGUUUGAGAUUUCCAUGAAUCACUUUCUGUGCAAAGCCUGUUUUCCAUUCUUACAUAAUAGACAAACUCUCUGCAAGAGCACACACCUCUUGUUGUCUCAUGAUGAUAAAUGUCCCUUUUUGUAAUGACCGUCUCUUAGUUGCUCAUCUUUACUGGCUUUUAUGAAGUACUGUGUCAAAUAAAUAUAAAGAACUCAUUUUUGACUGGCUGAUAGUAGGCACUGUGAAACAUAGCACAGGCGAAACUGAGUAUACAAGUGUUUCUCAAAAAAUACUGAAUAUAAGUGAUGCAUUUUGCCCUUGCAAUUUUUGUAAUUUUAAACUAUUGCAGGAGUGUUAAUGCUCUUGGCUUUUGUAUUUCUUUGGGAAUUUUGGUUUGGGUUUUUUAAGAGUAUGCUUUGGGAUCAUACAAGGAUACAUAAACAUUCAUAAAACUCACCCCUACCCUAUUCAUGUAUUCUGCAACAAACAAGAUAAACUGUUCUGCGGUGUUUCAAACUCUCUCCUUCCA